CUAGCAAGAAGGGGGUGCGGGAGGGCGGGGGCUGCGGCAGACAGGCGCGGGAGCCGGCACGGCGUCAAGUGCAGCUCGGAAGCACGGACUGGGCCCAUUUCCCUUUCAUCCUUUCUUCCAUCUGCACACAGUUGUCUUCAGCAUGGGGGAGCAGAACCACUCUCCCGGGAAGGAGCUUCAGCCCAGGACACGAGCAGAGGCUCCAGGAAAGAAAAGCUGGCAUUCCCAGGCCUACGCCCUUGGGGCCGUUUCCAACUUUAUGUCUACUUUUCUGACGUUUCCUAUCUAUAAGGUUGUGUUCCGGCAACAGAUCCAUGCCAUGGCAGUGUCAGAGGCUGUGAGACAGCUUUGGCACGAAGGUCCUCAAUACUUCUACCGGGGAAUCUACCCUCCUCUUCUCUCCAAGACGUUGCAAGGGACUCUUCUGUUUGGGACUUAUGAUAGCCUGCUGUGCUUUCUCUCUCCUGUUGGGCCACACACCCUGGGACACCGCUGGGCUGCAGGGCUCAUGUCUGGCGUGGUGGAGGCUGUGGCACUCAGUCCCUUUGAAAGGGUGCAAAAUGUGCUCCAGGAUGGUCGCAAGCAAGCUCGCUUCCCCAGCACCUUCAGCAUUCUCAAGGAAUUCAACUCUUAUGGGCUUUGGGGGCGGCUGUCACUGGGUUACUAUCGUGGUUUCUGGCCUGUCCUGGCCAGGAACAGCCUGGGGAGUGCUCUAUAUUUUUCUUUCAAGGACCCCAUCCAGGAUGGCCUGGCAGAGCAAGGCCUGCCCCAUUGGGUUCCUGCCUUGGUGUCUGGUAGUGUCAAUGGAACAAUCACCUGCCUAGUUCUGUAUCCUCUGAUUGUGCUGGUUGCUAAUAUGCAGUCCCAUAUUGGAUGGCAGAACAUGCCAAGCCUGUGGGCCUCUGCCCAGGAUGUGUGGAACACUCGGGGUCGAAAGCUGCUCCUGAUCUACCGUGGAGGCUCCCUGGUCAUCCUAAGGUCCAGUGUGACAUGGGGCCUCACUACGGCAAUCCAUGACUUCCUGCAGAGGAAGUCUCACUCCAGGAAAGAGCUGAAGACUGACUAGCUGCAGAACGUGUGGCCAUGGCAGCUUUGUUAUUCUAAAUCUUCCCUGGUUGGUUCUAUAUAGCUUACUUCUUUGGCUCAGUUGCCUAAUACAGCCAUCCUUUAGCAUCUGUAAACUCAUUGCAUGGGAGAAGUUCCCAACUACCAACCUGUUGAGCAAGGACAAAGCCCAACAGGAUUCCUUAGUCAAAAAGAAAUGUUCGCCCCAGUCUCUCCACAGCUUCAGUAGCCUCAGAGCCAGGAGGCCUUUAAAUAACAUGUAACCCAGAUUAAGUGUCAUUCCUUUAAGGAAUUCCUUGGCAAUAAGUGGAAACUUAAAAAGAUGACCUUACUUAGGCACUUUGAGCUUUGGGGCCCCUCUAGGUGUCCUCCAGACGAAACUGAGUGGAACUCCAAUUUCAAAGAACUAUGCUUGACUCUUAGGAUGGGAAUUCCAUAAAACUCAGAUGGCUACAUUUUCAUGACAUUGUUCACUGCCUCUACCACCACCUCUCACUUCUCAAGGCUGUGGGUCUUACUUUCAGGGUAGCAGCUGUGACUGGAAAUCCCAAAUUAGGCUUGUGUGAACUCAUCAGGUGCCACAAGAACUAGUGGGGCUGGAGAUGGGAGUGCGAAGAAGUGUGGCCCAUGGAUGGAAAGGAUAAAACUUUGAAAGAAGAGAUUUAAUUACAUGCAAAAUAGAAACAUUUGCUAUAGUCUGCUUGGUGUUAUCUGCUAGGACAUUUCUGAGAGCAAGGUGAUAACAUUGCCUAGAAACCAUUUGAGUUUCCCUAAAAAACCUGGAAGUGAAGUGACCAUAUCUUUUCACAGAUAAUUGCAUAUUUUGUUGAUGUGGUUAAUGUAGUUACUAUGACAUAAAGAUCACUAAUCUUAGCCUUAGAAAUCAGAGCCAUUUAAAAUAUGGUCCUUAUAUAACUUUCAACAUAUUGUCACUCCACUUACAUAAACCCCAAACACUAGCCAUAAUGAACUCUUGUUCUCUCCCCAGACAUUCCAUGAACUUUCCUAUGGCCAUACUUUGGCCCACACUAUUCUUUCCACCUGCAGUGCUCCUUCUUCACAUGCCAGUCUACCAAAAUCCUUCCAGCUCCUCAAAGCCCAGCUCAGAGGUCACCUUCUCUAUGGAGCCUCUUGAUUUCCCCCAACUGAAUGUGACAUUAAUCUCUGUGACAUUAGUCUCUUUAACAUUAGUCUCUGUGAUGCCCCUUUCUUUUUCUUUUAUUUCUUUCUUUCUUUUUUUUUUUUUUUUUGAGACCGAGUUUCGCUCUUGUUGCCCAGACUGGAGUACCAAUGGCAUGAUCUCGGCUCAUGCAACCUCCGCCUCCCGGAUUCAAGUGAUUCUUCUCCUGCCUCAGCCUCCCGAGUAGCUGGAAUUACAGGCGCCCACCACCCAUGCCCGGCAAAUUUUGUAUUUUUAGUAGAGAUCGGGUCUCUCCAUGUUGGUCAGGCUGGUCUUGAACUCCCAACCUCAUCAGGUGAUCCACCCAGGUCAGCCUCCCAAAGUGCUGGGAUUACAGGCCUGAGCCACUGCGCCUGGCCUCUGUGAUGCCCGCUUCUAACAGCAUUUCAUACAUGGUACUGAUUCCAUUAUGUCACUAAUCUCAUGUGACCCUGUGUUCUUGUAUUCUUCAAUACCUCCUACUAGACUGUAAAACUCAUUGAAAGCAGGGAUUCUUGUAUGCAUUUUUAAAUCUUCCAUUGUGCCUAGGUGCUCAAUAACGUUGGUCGAAUUAUUGAAUUGAUUAUCAAGCUGUGAUGUGGUAUAUCCUCAGGGUGCUGUCCCUUGUACACGAAGAUAAAGUUAUUGACUCACUGUCAGCAGGACACAUGCCUUUGGGCUGUGUUUUUGUUUUCUUUUAAUAAUGGAUUUAGUUUUGUGCUAAUGAUAAUGAUGCUGCUGCUGAUAAUAAUAACAAUAAUAAAAAAUUACUUUCAACUGGAACAUUUGAUGAGUUUGUGUUACUGAUGGCAUGUUUGCUCUUAGCACCAGUUCAGGAACUGAAAUUUCACAAACAGAAUCACACUGUAUAACUGUCCCAUUUAUUUCAACUCUAGGAUUUUGAGGAUUUCCAAGAUGACAUGUGUUAUAGUUUCCCCCUACAGAUAUCUUAGUAAUGCCCUCCUCUUGCAUGUCCUUACUGAACCAAAUUUGUCCUGUAUUUGUCUUACUUGGUUGUAGAUUUAGCAGUGAGAACUUCUCACUGAAUGCCACAGAAAUUAAAGAUACAAUUGUUGGAGGUAUGAUGUCAGAGAGCAUUUGCCACCAAGGUUGGCAGAAAAUGGCUGCUCCAGGAGAGCUGAAGAUGAGUUUCCACAUCUGCAGAUCGGGAUGUGUUGGGACAGUACUCAACUUGUGGAUUCAAGAAAGUAUGAACACAGAGUCUGCAUAAGGAAAGGAAAAAGAUGCAUUUAUCUCCCAAGUACACUGGUGAUUUCCACUUAUGUCAUUCUGUCCAUCCAUGUCCCUUUCUUCAUUUUAACUUCUUUUUUAAAAAUAAUUUCAAACAUUUAAAAAUGUUGCAAGCAUAAAUAAAGCUGAAAGAACACCCAUGUCCCUUUUACCCUAAUUCCCCUACUAUUAAUAUUUCUCCCCAUUUGCUUUAUUAUUUAAGUGUGCACUCUGUCUAUACACACACAGGAUAUUUUUUCCCUGAACUAUCUGAGAAUUGCAUACAUCAAUUUUCAAUAUUCCUAGAUUCAAUGUUUGUAGAUCCAAAUUAUUUUUUAAAAGACUGUGUUUUAUCUCUGACAAUGCCACAGUUAUUACAGAAUAUAAUGAAAUGAAAACUCACACGGUAUA